UACUUAAUUCAAUGGCUAACAGAGACGAACAGUUGCCAAAUUUAAAAAUUUGUAUUGACAACACAGAGUCAGAUAAAGAACAAGAAGAUGUGGUUUCCAUUCACGGUGCAGACGAACUUCAAAGUAGCCCUAACGAAUCUGAGGAAGACAAUGAGAGGAACGUAGAAUUCAACGUGCGAAUAGGGAAGAUUGACCGAACAAGAAGCGAAAAUAGGACUUUUAGACAGCCUUCAAAAGUAUAUGAGAACAGAUCAGGAGAGUUCGUAACAGGAAUAGACAUUACAGAAAAGGAUGAGAUAAAAAAGAAAUCAGAAAGAGCAAAAAGAUUUGGGAUAGAAUCCAAGAAAACAAAGCAUUCUGUUGACCUAGAUGGACUUUAUAAAAGCUUUGGUUUCCGAGCAGAAGAUAUCAGCCGUGACCACCGUGGAAUCAGACUAGAAGCUGUACAUUUUCGUGGGGUAAACGACCUUCACACAAAGGAUAUAUUUAAAUAUUUCGGAGAGUUUGGACCAGGUGGAGUAGAAUGGAUAGAUGAUGCCUCAUGUAAUGUUAUAUGGAUGGAUGCUUUAACAGCAGCCAGAGCCUUGCUGAAACUAACUAAAAGUUAUGAUGAAGUCAUGAGACCAUAUGAAGCUGAUGAGAGUGAUGAUAUGGAAGAUCAAGUGAAAGAAGUUAAGAAAGACAAGGAAAAAAGAAACAAAGUAAAGAAAAAAAAGAGAAAGAAGUCUUCAUCCUCAUCUUUAUCAUCCUCCUCAUCAGAUGAGGAUGAUGAUAGUCAGAAGAUCAAAGACCAUGAAAAUCAGAAGAAUAAAGAAAAUGAAAAACGGAAGAAUAAUGACCAUGAAAAUCAGAAGAAUAAUGAUGAUGAUGAUAUUUUAGAUCUUUUAGAUGAUACAGAUACAAUCAAGCUUACAGGUCAAGUCAACGGUGAUACCAGUGAUAAAACCAAGGAUGAGCAAUCUGAUAAAAAGAAGGAUGAAAUACCCAAACCACCGGCACGUAAAUCAUCUAAACAGAAAUCACAAGUAAAAAAAAAGACAAAGUCAAAGUCACAAUCUUCUAGUUCGUCAUCUUCAUCCAGCUCAUCGUCUUCAUCAGGGUCGUCGUCAUCUUCAGGGUCAUCAUCAUCAUCUGAUGGAUCUUCAUCGUCAUCCUCUUCGUCAUCUGGAAGUUCAUCCAGUUCUUCAUCUGAAGAGGAAAUGGAUACAUCAUCUAAAGACAAAACAGAAAGCAAAAAAGAAACAACAAAGUCAAAGAAAGCAGCGAAAAAAACAGAACGGAGUAAAACAGAUUCCACAAAUAAGGAAGAAAAAAUGGAAGUGGACAAAAAAGAGACAAAGUCCAAAAAAGUUAGAAAACCUCUGACUGGUCACAAACCGCCAGAUAUACCAUGGCCCCCUGGGAAAUGGAGAUUAGGGGAGCCGUACAAGCAAAAUAAAUUUCUAUUUUUACGAUACGCUACAAAAGCUGAUAAAAAACUUCCUGGUGCAGAGAAGAGGAGUAAAUAUUAUGUGAAAUAUGGGAAUCCUAAUUAUAGUGGUAUGAAAGGAAUCAUUAGUAGUUCAAAAAAACGUAGGUUAAAGGCCACACAGUAUAAAGAGGAAAUCAAAGAGGCCAGAGAAGCUGUGAGGGCCAAGAGAGAUGCAAUCACUUAUGAUGAUGUUGAUAUAUUUGGAGAUGAUCUGAAACUAGACACUGCAGAAACUGAUUUUGGUAUAUCUGUGACUGAUCAGAAGACAGUGGAGGAAAGGCUAGGGAAUAUCAAACCACUACAGGACAUGGAGGAAGGAGAAUUAGGUGCAAGUUCUGAGGAGGAUGUUGAUGAUAAUGAUUAUCAUGAUUCCAUGAGAUCUGAUAAACGAUUAUUUGAGGACAAACCUGUUGAUCAGGAAGCAAUAGAAAUGGAGAAAGAAUUAGAAGUUUUAUUGAAAUCUCCUCCUAAAAAGAGACCAGCGAUGAAAAUGUAUGCUGAUGAAUUAGAGGAAGAAAUUCAAGCUAAAAAGUUAAAAAGACAUGGUGGCCUAACUAUAGUAGCAGACAACAGAUCUCAAGAGGAUGCAAGAAGUUUAAUAAUUGGAAAAGCACCCUCUUCUGGGUUAGACCUACGUAGUAAACUAAAGAGACGUAGGACACCAUCUUGGGAUAUUUGAUGAACAAUUAUUGUUUUAAAUUAAUAAAUGCUAUACUAAUGAA